ACUCAGCCUCUGCAAAGUGCUUUAGUAUAGUUUUGCUGUGAUAAGAGAAAACAUUGUGUUAGUCUGCUGGAGCACUAUUUUAAAGCAUGGAAUUAUAAGUAAUUAAGAUAAAGUGGAGCUGUGCGAAAAGUUAGAACACGCGAGGAACUCCUAAAGCAGCAAAGUGUCGCGACAAUUUUGACGGUGCGGAAAAUAUGGAAUAGACAGAGAGAGAGAGAGAGAGUGAAAUUCGCGGUGAAGUUGCCCGUGAUCCGCAGUCAUGCCAUCGCUGGGCGACAGUCAGCACAACUCCGCCGAGGAGAUCCAGAUCGGCCUGGCGCCCUACAUCCAGCACUACCUGGCGCAGACGGGCAGGCGGCACUCCUGCUGCAGCGUCAUGCUGCCCGUGGCCUUCGAGAGGGCGGCGCCCAAGGCGUGGUGGGACCCCAAGUUCGACUCCGCCAUCCUCGAGGGCCAGUACCAGUCCAGCGUCUUUCCGCAGCUCCGGCUCAGAUUUCGAUUCGCCCUCCUGUACAUCCUCCUCUGCUCAGUGGUCUGGAUGAUUUACUUUCUGACUGUCGCAAAGCUGAAUUCCCUCGUAUCAAUAGCCUUCGGACUGUGCAUUGUGCUGUGCCUGGUCACCGUCUGGCUCACGUACUCCAAGUUCUACGAGCACAGAGCCCACGCGGUGACGCUGUGCGUGGCCUGCAGCAUCUGUCUGCUGUCGCUGCUCUUCGUCAGUCUGUCCGGGAGGAGCUUCUCCGCCCUGGGACACUUCGCCACCUGCAUCGAGGUCAUCCUGCUGAUCUACACGCUCAUGCCGCUGCCGCUGUGGCAGUGCGUCUCCAUCUCCGUGCUCUACUCGCUCCUCUUCGAGGCGCUACACUUCAUCUUCCAGAACUUCUACUACGCCGGCGACUCGCAGGAGGACGACUCCAGCACGCCCUAUCGCGUGAUUGUGGUGCGCUGCCUCCUGCACCUGUGCGUGCACAUGGUGGGUCUGCAUGUGCUGGUGAUGAACGUGGUGCGGAUGCGCUGCACAUUCAUGAAGGUGGGCCAGAACCUCCUCAUCCGGCGCCAGCUGGAGAUGGAGAAGCAGCUGAAGGAGAAGAUGAUCCAUUCCGUGAUGCCGCCCAAGGUGGCGGACAUGCUCAUGAAGGAAGGCUCCACGAUGGAGUCUGGGCAGGAUCCGAAGCGCUCCUAUUCACUCCAUCCGCGCCUCUCGAACGACGUCAAGUCGCUGUUCAGGCCCUUCCACAUGCACUCCAUGGACAACGUGAGCAUCCUGUUUGCCGACAUCGUGGGCUUCACCAAGAUGUCCACCACGAAGACUGCCGAGCAGCUGGUGGAGAUUCUCAAUGAUCUCUUUGAGCGCUUCGACGAGCUCUGCAUGCUCAACGGCUGCGAGAAGAUCUCCACGCUGGGCGACUGCUACUACUGCGUGUCCGGAUGUCCGGAACCGCGGGCAGAUCACGCGAUGUGCUGCGUGGAGAUGGGCCUGGGCAUGAUCCAGGCGGUGAGGAUUUUCGACGCGCAGAAGAACGAGGGCGUGAAGAUGAGAGUGGGCGUGCACACGGGAUCCGUGCUCUGUGGCAUCGUCGGCACCAGGAGGGUGAAGUUCGAUGUGUGGAGCAAUGAUGUCACCUUGGCCAACCGGAUGGAGUCGACUGGAACGCCUGAGCAAGUGCACAUUUCCGAGGAGACGCGGAAAUUCCUGGGCGACGGCUACAUUCUCAAGGAGGGCGACGAGGUGUUCGGUCAUCGCACGUACUUCGUGGUGGGCAAGAAGUGCAUCUCCAUGGACGCCAGCCGGAGCGAAGUGGACGUCUCCAAGGCGGGUGCGUGUCAGCUGCUGAUUCCGCAGUUUGAUGGCUUCACUAAUGGGGUUCAGCUGUCGCGCAGCGUCACCAACUUGUCCUCAAUCCAGCCCACAGUGCCACCAGCCUCGCCCAUCGGGGUGACAUCCACCUCGCUGACGCCCAGUCCCAUUCUGUCCACGCGCCCCAGGCUGGCCUCCCUGAGUCGCGUGACCAAGUACCUCACGGGCGCCAAUCACGCACCCAUCGACGUGUCCAACCGGCUGAGCAGCCAGCGCGCCGGCGAGGCCGCGGCGCCCACCAUCAUUGUCACGACCAAGUCGCUGCCGGGCAGCCUGGACUCCGACCAGGAAGACUCCUGCUGCCGCGGCUCCCACCGCAAGACUGACGAGCGCAAGUACUCGGCCAAGCUGCGCGGCUGGCGAGUGCCGCGCUUCCUCAGGAAGACUGACGACUUCCCGCCCGACUGUGAUAGCGCCAAGAAGGCCGACCCGCCGCUCUGCGCCGACCAGAACGGCUACCAGCAGGUGCCCGUGGUGGUGGAGACGCCGGCGCCCGCCAUGAACACGCUGGAGCUGCCGCGGGGCCCCACCAACUGCUCCCCCAGCCAGUGCUCCAUGUUCGACGACAUCAUCGACGUGCGCUCCUACAUCUCGCACUCACGCAGCGACAUCUCGCCCUUCGGCCGCUCCGGCAGCUACAGAUCGCAGUGCGGGAGAUCGCCACAGGCCGCCGGCGGCGAGGUCACGCCGGCCGGGCGCUCGCGGAGCUCCACGAUGGCGCCCAUCGCGGUGAGUCUGCAGCAGAGGAACUGCUCAAGCCCGUGGAUCGAGGUGCUCAGCAUGUGUCCUUCGGCGCACAGCCGCAAGGACUCUGGCAUCAAGAGCAACUCCCGGCGCUCCAGCAUCCACCACGUGAACGGCGUGCAGCCCGCCCUGGGAGCGUCUGCGCAGCGCGUGUCCGGAUACUUCACCAGCUCGCAGUCCAGCCUCGCCGAGACGCCGAACGUCGUCAACGACGCGCCCUAUGUCGAUCCCCUGGCGGCGUGUCUGCAGCAGCUGCGGAAGCAGUCGGAUCUGCAGCUGAUCCGCUGCGUGAAGGAGAACGCCAAGUCACAGAGGAGCUACCUGGUGAAGCCGCCAGUGUCCAAUGUGACGCUCUUCUUCAGAUCCUGGCAGAUGGAGAGGGAGUUCCGCAGCAAGGCGCAUCGCUUUGGGCAGGAGAACCAGGGCGAAGGUCCGCCCACUCUGGCCACGCCGCGCUACAACACCUACAUAGACUUGCUGGUGAGUGUGUUCAUCUUCCUCACCAUCUCCCUGUCGCUCUUCCUGCUCGUGCCAAUCACCAUGAGCAUCGGCUACCAAGUGUGGGUGGCGCUGUUCGCCGUCUUCUGUGGCAUCCAGUUCCUGGCAGUCUUCAUUUGCUCCAAGCAGAUGAUCAGGCUGUCCAGAGGACACACCAAGUCGGAUUCCUGCAUCGACAGGCUCUUCGAUUCCGUGUCCAAUUGGUAUCCUUGGCACAUUUGCGGCUCAAUCCUCAUGUCUCUUCCUGUCAUCUCAAUCUUCCUCAAUCUCACCACUCUCGACGUGGACACUCUCACGCCCUACGAGUUCCACUACGGCCUGCUGCUCUUCAUCUGCGUCAUCCACUACUGCAACUUCACCCAGCUCAAUUGCUGGCUGCGGAACUCUCUGGCUCUCCUGGCGGCGGUGGCAUUCAUCGGGAUCACCAUCUACCAGUGGCACGCGUUCGUGCAGCUCCAGAGCCAAGAGAUUCCCUUCGGCACGCACGUUCUCAACGUCACCAAUCCGUCAGCGAAUUACCUUCACGAGGAGAUCCGCCUCCUGACAUUCUACCAAAUCGAGAUCUACAUCGAUCUCAUUCUCCUGCUCUUCUUGGUGUGCUUCCUCAAUCGCGAGUACGAGAUCGGCUACCGGCUGACGUUCUACGGCAGCGCCGUGGCGAAUCAGGACAAGAUCCGCGUGCAGCACAUGAAGAAUCAGGCCGACAUGCUGCUCCACAACAUCAUUCCCAAGCACGUGGCGGAGCAGCUGAAGAACACGGCCAAGUAUUCUGAGAACUACCACGAUGUCGGCAUCAUCUUCGCCAGCAUCGUGAACUUCAACGAGAUGUACGACGAGUCGUAUCUGGGCGGGAAGGAGUAUCUGCGCGUGCUGAACGAGCUGAUUGGGGACUUCGAUGAGCUCCUGUCGCGCCCGGAGUUCCAGUGCGUGGAGAAGAUCAAGUCCAUCGGCAGCACCUUCAUGGCGGCCAGCGGACUGGAUCCGUCCACGCGUGGUGACAAUCAGCAGCACCUGCAUGCGCUGAUUGAGUUCUCCUGUGCCAUGCAGGGCGUCGUGGAUGCCUUCAACAAGGACCUGCUGGAGUUCAACCUCAUCCUGCGCAUCGGUUUCAACAUUGGCGACGUGACGGCCGGCGUGAUCGGCACCAGCAAGCUGUACUACGACAUCUGGGGUGACGCCGUGAACGUGGCCAGUCGCAUGGACUCCACGGGCGUGGCGGGCAGGAUCCAGGUGGGCAAGGAGUGCCUGCCCCACCUGGAGGCGGCGUACGACUUCGAGCCGCGCGGCAGUGUGUACGUGAAGGGGAAGGACAACAUGGAAGUGUACCUUCUCAAGGGCAAGAAGUCGUUUCCCCACGGCGAAUCCUGAGGCUGAAGUGUGGAAGCAGCUUCCGGAAUAUAGUGCAUCGAAUGCUCAGGCAGAGCUUUUCUGCCUGCUUUCUCCGCCACCCCCCCGGAAAGAGCGAGAAAAGCUCUCAAGGGAGCAAAAAACGCGGCCCUUUUUCGUGAUGUUUCAAAAGAAAUUAAUAUUAAAAAAAAAAAAGUUGUUGUCAAUUUGUUGUCCUCAUAAAUAUAUUUAAAAAGAAAAAAAAAGUAUUGUUUUCCCAAGAGAAAAAUUGUGAGAUUUUACCGAUAUUGCGCAAAAUUAUUUUAAUUUGUACAUAAAACAUUAUUAGUAUGUAGCAUUUUUGUAAAUUGAAAGCUCAUGUUUUAUCAUUUUGCCAGAGAUUGUAACUUUAUUGGAUACAAAAGCAUUGUGUAAAGGAGAGAAAGGAAGAACAUUCUCUCUCUCUCUUUCUCUCUCUCCAUAAAUCUUGGUAGUUCUUUUGUGUGUGAGAAGACAAACAGGAAAACUGUCUCGUGUAAUUUCCCCAAAACUUGUAACUACAAUUUGCCCCCAAAAAAAACAUGAAUGGAAGCUUUAACAAGAUGAAAAAGAAAGCAUCUUUUUAUACAGUCUCCAGACGGACUAAUAACAGUAAAGCCCAAAUAAUUGCUUCAAAUAGUCAUAAAGUAGCGAAGGAAGAAUAGUUCUUUUUCCUCCUGUAAAAUCUGAUGCUCAAAACAUUUGCUGCUCCAGAGCAUUUUGUCAAGCACAAUGAAUUCUUCAGUCUCCAUAGAGAUUUGCACAGAUUAAUUAAGGUUUUUUUUAAUUGUUCCUCCUCUUCAGCGUUUCUCUGAGAACCAAUUUAAGACAUAAAUUAUGUGAUUUCUUUUUUGAGGCAAAAGAAAAAUAAUGCUUAAAACUCUCACACAAGAUAAUCCCAUAAGUAAUUGUACUGUUUUUUUCCAAAAUGAUAAAUCAAAGGUUUUUUUGCUGAAAAAUGCAAAAGCUUUUCAUCAUCAAUUCGCUCCUUUUUCUUUUCAAUAGAUAUUCACAAAAUCAGACAACACUCAAUCUUCAAAAACUUGACUGUAUUGAGACAUAAAUGGAACUAAAACUAUUUUCUAUUGACUUAAACUAUAGUAGAAUUUGUAUCAAAAUGUAGAGAAAAAAAUAAUUAAUUAUUAAAUAUUUUAUGUAUUUGUUUAAA